AUGGACCCGUACAGUCGUCGCAGCACGUGGGAGAUUCUGCUCAACAACCGCAACAACCGUGUGAUGGUGCUGACGACGCACUUUAUGGACGAAGCAGAUAUUCUAGGCGACCGCAUACUAUCGCUGGCUGAAGGUGAAAUGCGUUGUUGCGGGUCGUCGCUGUUCCUGAAGAACCGUUUUGGUGCCGGCUACAAUCUGACUCUGGUGAAGGACGACGCUAAGUGCGACGACGAUGCUGUGGCCGCUUUUGUGCAAUCGUACGUGCCGGCUGCUGUGUUGCUGAGCAACGUCGGUAGUGAAAUUGCCUUUCAACUUCCUCUGAACAGCUCGUCCGAGUUUGCCACCAUGUUCGCAGAAAUGGAUCGUCGGUUGAAAAGAUUGGGUCUUCUGUCCUAUGGAGUGUCAGUAACCACGUUGGAGGAAGUGUUCAUCAAAGUGGCGGAGAUGGGCGAUGAGAACAACCAACACACUCUCGGCAAAUACGCUGCGCGGAUGACCGCUGUGGGCUCGGAUGGGUUUAACCAGUCGUGUGACGAGAUCAUCACAACCGAAUCCAUGUUUCAGAGACACCUGCGUGCCCUACUACUGAAGCGUUACCGCUACGCCAAGCGCGACAAAAAGGCCAUCAUCUACAUUGCUGCGCUGCCGGUUCUGCUGAUCGCCGCGGGUCUGGGAAUUUUGAAGGGCAGUAUGGCAAUCGAAGAUGAUCCUUUGAAGGCAUUGACAGCUGACGAGUAUUUUGGAAAUGAGACCCCGACGCCGUACUUUUGCCAGACAGGAGCUGGGGCUGGCGAAUGGUGCAGUGAUGUGAUGACAUCCUCUUUUUACUCCGGAGCCGACGUACAGCCGCUCUCCAUCCCACAGCCAGCUUUCGACUCUGACUCGCCCACUGUGUUCGGGGUCACGUACACAGACCCUGCACUGAACGCGAGUGGAAACACUGGAUACAUGGUUGCCAUGGGACAGGAAGCAUUCGAACGGGGAUACGGCAAGGGCGCUGGUCUUGUGGAAGGCCAGUACGGAGGCUACUUGGUGUACGGCGACAGCAACCAGAACUUGCUCGGCUACAACGUCUUCACUAACACUACGGGGUCUCACUCUUCGGCGAUUUUCAAGGCAUUGAUGGACCAGGCAGUGUAUCGUUUUUUUGCAGCUAACAACUCGACCGACUCGGCUUCAAAUGUGAGCCUCAAGGUGAACAACUACCCGUUGCCGUACACCGAUGCUGCAGAGUCCGUAUUCAGCUCCAGCACCUCGUUUGUUGCGGCUCUUUUCGUGUGCAUCGCGUUUACCUUCUUGCCGGCGUCUAUCGUGGUUUUCUUGGUCAAGGAGAAGCAAAACGAGCACAACUCGAAGCACCAGCAAUUGGUCUCCGGCGUAUCGUUGCCCGCCUUCUGGCUGUCCAACUACAUUUGGGAUAUGACCAUGUACAUUUUUCCCCUCUGCUCGUCCGAGACCUUCCCCGCCGUGAUUCUCCUGUUCGUGCUCUUUGGUCUGGCCAUCUGUCCAUUCAUGUACUGCCUGUCGUUCCUUUUCAAGGAACAUGCGUCCGCGCAGACGUUCACGAUCGUUCUCAACUUUAUGAUUGGCGUGGUGUUGAUGAUCACGUCCUUCAUCUUGGACCUGUUCGACUCGACUUCCGACGUCAACUCGGUACUCAAAUUCUUCUAUCGCUUCUCGCCGCUGUUCAACCUCGGCAACGGACUCCUCAGUAUGGUCACGAAUGACGUCGACAGCAUCCAGUACAGCGAAGACGGCACGACAAGUCCGUUCAGCACAGAUGUUAUGGGCUGGGAGUUGCUCUUUCUCGCGUUCUCAGCGAUCGGUUUCUCUUGUCUGACGCUGUAUCUCGACUACGCCAAAACCUUCGCGAAGACCAAGGACCACGACCACGGAAACGAGGAUGAGCACAACGAAAUUGACGAAGACGUUCAGAAGGAGGCAGACCGUGUUGCUGCUGGAGACGCGGACGAAGAUGCCGUCAAGCUCGUUGGACUGCGGAAGAUCUACCCUGGUGGCAAGGUGGCUGUGCGCAACCUCUCGUUUGGCUUGAAGCGCGGCGAGUGUUUCGGAUUCCUUGGUAUCAACGGCGCUGGCAAGACCACCACGAUGAAGAUGCUCACGGGUGACGUUCAGCCGUCACACGGAACGGCUACGCUGGGCGGCUUCGACAUUUUGUCGCAGCAGAUCGAAGUUCGCCGUCAGAUUGGAUACUGCCCACAGUUCGACGCCUUGUUCGAUCUUCUCAGUGUUCGCGAGCACCUCGAGUUGUUUGGCGCUAUCAAGGGCAUCCCACAGGCGUCGCUGGACCGUGUCGUGAUGGAGAAGAUCCAGCAGCUGAACCUCGGCGACUUCGAGCACAAAUUGGCUGGAAGUCUCAGUGGCGGCAACAAGCGCAAACUGUCCGUGGCUAUCGCGAUGAUUGGCAACCCGGCCAUCAUUUUCCUGGAUGAACCGUCCACUGGUAUGGACCCGGUGUCUCGUCGCUUCAUGUGGGACGUUAUUGCCGAUAUCUCUACGCGUGGCAAGGAGUCGACCAUCGUUCUGACGACACACAGCAUGGAAGAGUGCGAGGCUCUUGUGCAUCACCUCAAGUCUCGCUUCGGUGACGGCCUCGUGUUCGACGUCAAGCUGGACAUGCGGUGA